AUGGCGCGGUCGGUCGGCCUCUCGCGCAAAAAGAAAGUCAAAUCGCAAUCGUUUCGCGCCAUCGCGAACGCCGCGCAGAUGCCUUCCGCGCGCCAUCGCGACGACGGCGACGACGCGACGCCGCUCGAUCUCGAUCUCCACAUCCGCGCCUCCGAGGAGUCGUACGAGACGUUCCGCGCGUCUCUCCCCGGCGCGACGGGCGGCGCGAGCGCCGCGGCGUCCGCGAUCCGCGACGCGCGCGCGGGACGCGCGGGACACGACGACGACGACUCGACGACAGCCUCGCUUCGCGCGUCCUCCUCCAUGCCCCCCGCCGCGAGCCCCGGCGGCGACGCCGCGAGACGCCGCGGCGAGCGAUCGACGCGCGAGGAGCUCUUGGCGCUCGAGCGCGAGAUCGACGCGCACGAGGCGGCGAUCGCCGCGCGCGAGCGCGCGCUCGAGGACCUCCAAGCGAGCGCGCGACGAUCGGACGCGUUCGAAGACGAUCGCGUCAAGCUGCGCGCGUUCGGCCGCGCGCUCGAGGCGUACGUGGCGUCCCCGAACGCGGACGGCGGCGACCUCGCGGACGCGGAGGCGGCGCUGGACGCGCUCGAGGCCGCGGCGGCGCCGCUGUCGAACGCGAUCUUGAGCGACGCGGUGAGGCGAAGCGCGGGAGGAGGAGGAGGAGGAGGAAGAGCCGCGGCGGGGGCGCCGGAAUUCGACCCCGCCGACGCCGCCGACGACCACAGCGACAGCUCGGACUACGACGACGAGGACGACGCCGACGACGAGGAGAGCGACGCCGCGAGGGCGGCGCUGCGCGCGGCGGUGACGGAGGAGAAGGAGGAAAAGAGACGCCGCCGCGACGAGCGCGCGUCGCUGCUGUCCAACGCGGCGGGUGGGAAGAUCACGUCGUACGGAUCCGUGGGCGGCGGCGGUAAAGAUGGCGGUUUCGGACAAGAACAAAACGUCGGACAGAAUACGAGGACCGCGACCGCGACCGCGACCGCGACCGCGACCGACGACGGGUGGACAGACUGGCGCGGGGACGAGUCCGCGGACGUCGUCUCGCCGUUCACUCUGGAUCCGCGUUUUACUCUUGAUCGCGGCGACGACCGACGCGAGACGCGGCCGCUGUCGCAUAAACUGUCGGAUAUACUGUCCGACGGAACCGGGACCGGGAGAAGGUUCUUCGACGCGCGCGAAGGCACCCCCGAGCGGUGGGACGGCGGAUCCCAGAGCGAGGACGACGCGAUGUGCGCGAGAGAAGUCGGACGCGCGAGCAGCGCGAUGCUUCGACGCGCGCGGAAUCAGGCGAGCGCGUCGGGCAGUCCCGACGUCGGAGAGGGCGAUCGAUCGACGACGACGACGACGACGACGACGACGGCGGCGACGACGACGAGCACGGCGAGCGGCGAGCUUCGCAAGAUCAAGUGCGGGAAGUGCGCGGCGACGUUGAAGAUCGCGUCGAACGUCCCGGUGUUCCGGUGCCCGAAGUGCUCCGCGAAACUCCGCGUCCCCGGGGCGGCGGCGACCGCGGCGGCGCCGACCGCGGCGAAGAGAGAAGGUCCCGGGUUCUCCCCCGAGAUGCGCGCCACCGUGAGCGGCGUCGACGGCGUGUCUUCGUUCGGGUGGGGGUCCCGACCGUCCGCGACGACCGCGGCGGCGCGGCUCGCGUCCGCGGAAGCCGCGACGAUCAACGCGGCGGCGGCGAGAGAGAAGGAGCGACGCGACCGACGCCGACGCGCGGCGGACGCGGACGCGCAGAGCGCCGGCGGCGGCGAACGAUUCGAAUCGGGCGCCGACGUCAUCGCGAAACACAUGGCGGAGGCGAAGGCGUUGCGAGAGACGGAGGCGAGGGCGGAGAGGGCCAAGGCGGCGGCGGAGAGCGCGGCGGCGGACGCGAGAGCCGCCGCGCGCGCGGAGCUCGAGCGUCAUCUGGAGUUUUCGAUGAGUCUGGAGGAUGUCGUCGACGAGCUGGCGAGGGCGCACGCGGACGCGGCGAACGCGGCGGAGCGCGCGCUGAACGCGGCGUACGCGAGCGUCGCGGUGGGAUCGAGUAAGCUCUAG